AUGACCGCUACCAAAGUGAACCCCCAGGAACAGCUGAACCAGUUCCUGGCCCAGUCCAAGGCCGACUCCUUCCUUGACCCGUCCUUUGCCGCCUUCAUGGACGACCGCGACCCCCUCAAGGACCUCCGCACUGAGUUCAUCAUCCCCACCCGCGGUGAAAUUGCUCCAGGCGCCUCGAACCCAGAGGAGAGCUGUAUCUACUUUUGUGGCAAUUCACUGGGCCUGCUUCCCAAGGCCGUGAAACGCUAUGUGAGUGAAGAACUCGAGGUCUGGGGCGAGGGUGCCGUGAACUCUCAUUUCAAGCACCGCUUCGGCCGUCCCUGGGUGCGAAUCGAAGAGACCGUCCAGGAACAAUCCGCCCGGGUCGUUGGUGCGAAGAAGGAUGAGGUCGCGAUCAUGAACACGUUGACGUCGAACCUGCACGCACUCUUUGCGGCGUUCUAUACGCCUACGAAGGAUCGUCAUAAGGUCCUGAUCGAGUCAAAGGCCUUCCCCUCGGAUCAUUAUGCGAUCGAAAGUCAAAUCCGCUGGCAUGGAUUGGAGCCAAAGGAUAGUCUGAUUUGUCAAGAGCCCAGGGAAGGGGAGACGCUGCUGAGGACAGAGGAUAUUUUGGAGACGAUUGAGAAGCAUGGGGAGGAGAUUGCGGUCGUGUGUUUCUCGGGGAUCCAGUUCUAUACGGGUCAGUAUUUUGAGAUCGAGAAGAUCACCAAAGCUGCGCAAGCCAAGGGAUGCAUUGUGGGAUGGGAUUUGGCGCAUGCGGCAGGCAAUGUGCCGGUGCAGCUGCACGACUGGAAUGUCGACUUUGCGUGCUGGUGCUCCUACAAGUACUUGAAUUCAGGCCCCGGAGGCAUUGCCGGUAUCUUUGUGCACGAGCGCCAUGCCAACGACUUUGGUCGUAACCGUCUGGCUGGUUGGUGGGGACACGAUAAGGGCACCCGUUUUGAUAUGGUUAACGAAUUCAAGCCGAUUCCAGGCGCUGCAGGAUUCCAGCACUCAAACCCCUCGGUCCUUACAACCAGUGCCUUGCUAGGCUCGCUCUCCGUCUUUGAGAAGACGACCAUGCAAGACAUGCGUGCAAAGUCCUACCUUCUGACCGGAUACCUUUACCACCUCCUCAUUACAGAAUUCUCAACCGAUGUCCUCGACAUCAUCACGCCCUCGGACCCGGAGCAGCGUGGGUGCCAGCUCAGCUUGGUGUUUAAGCGGGGCAAGAUGAUGGAGAUCUUUGAGGAGCUGGCGAAGAAGGCGAUCAUCGGAGAUGAGCGUAAGCCGGAUGUGAUCCGUGUGGCCCCCACGCCGUUGUAUUCGCGGUUUGAGGAUGUCCGUAGGUUUGUGGUUGAACUCAAGGAGCUCGUCAAGGAGAUUUAUCACUAG